UCGACAUCGACGCCGACCGAGACAAUCGACACACACAACCGCAGCAAUGGCCUCUCUUUCUUCCGACCUGAUCUGGGAAGUCGUCAAGCAGCAGGGUAGCUCUACCCUUGUGAAGAGGGCGCAGACUGGCGGCGUCUCGUUCUCGCGCGACCCCCUCAACUUGAAGAACUCGUUCCAGCGCAAGUAUGAGGGUCUCGUAGACGACAGGGCCAUUGGUGUCCAGCCCGGUGAGGAGGGUGGCAUUGUCCUCCUGACCAAGAAGGCCGGCAAGGGCCACCAGCCCGCCUCGCACAUCCAGCAGUCUGCCAUCGGCUCCAGCCGAAGCACCCGCAAGACCUACUCCGCCAUCGUCAAGUCGACCGCCAACCGCAACUACCGCACCGAUCUCCGCAAGGACGCCGUCGCCCGCGCCUCCGCUAUCCGCAAGUCGCAGAAGCCCGUCAAGGAUAGCAAGCCCGCCAAGGUCAGGGGUGCCAAGGCCCGCGCUGCCACUGCUUCGGCAUAGAGGAGUCGAAGAGAUGGGAGAAUGAAAUGAAGGCAACGGAGUUCACUGCAUAGGUUCAUUCGGGUCAUGGAGCUGGUGAAUGAUUGCAUGGGACGGCUAGGUCUAUUACGAUAGAAGAUCAAGCUGACACAGGAAUGAAAACAAUUCCGCCCAAUUGAUGUUUCGCUUUCUCUCUACCCCAACUUUCAAUACCAC